AUGUCAUCUCUUGAAACACCCGCAGCCGCCGCCCCCAAGCGUGCCCGUGGACAUUCGGCCAUGGUCAGUUAUUCAGCCCUCUCGGCGUGGUGAUUCUGGCUGUCGUUGCCCCCGUCAUCGGUGUGGGCGUGGACGGAGCGGAGUCGGCGGCCAGUCGAUUGUGCUCGAUGAAGGACUCUGUGCUCUCUUACCGGGUGCUAGAGUGUGUCACGGUAUGCCAAGGCUUGCUGUGGUAUUCCACGGAUGCCGAGGCUGCUGGAUUUCUUUUGUGAUUCAGGCAAGGAGAAGAGCUCAUCGACCGAGAGCUUCGAAAGGCCCAACUCAACACCGCCUCGGAUCCCACUUGGGUGCGGGGGCGCGAUCACAUUUCGGUGCAAUCCUCUUCGCAGCGGGCAUCCCCGCGUCGAGUGCAGCCCAUCAAAUGGAACCAGUGAAUCUAGCAUUCAAGCCGAUUUGGAUGUAUGCCGAUCGUCUUGAUGGGCAUGCAGCCUACCCAGUCUUUGCCCAGAUCCGAGGGGGAUGAGGGUGCCACGUUCCCGUCCUAGGCAGAGCCCCGCUAGUCUGCUAUGAGUUGCGGUUCGCUUUCACGGGAUGCAUGAAAUUGUCCCGAUCAUGCAGAGCGUGUUGGCUGAGCCCGCUCCAGCUCUUCGGCUGGUGCCGGCCCCUCCGACUCACCUUCGUCCGGUCGGCAUUUCGUCGAAGCCCCUGAUUCAUCCUUCGGCUAUCGCCAUCCGCAUCUCCAUGCAACCCAUUUGGAUAUUCCCAACUGACCAUACUCUUUCUCCUGCCCUGACACAGGACUUCAAAUCCGCCGCGACCGGUGUCUCGGCCAAGGCCAUGCGCAAUGAGCUCAACUCGAUGAUCCAAAAGAUUGACGAUCCCGAGUACAAGAAGGUACGACAUCAGACAGGGCUAAUUUGAUUUGGUGUGGUACUUAUUGUUGAACCUGUGUUGGAUAUCUUAUCUCGCCGGCAGGCUUUCGAAGCCGAGAUGCAAAGCUUCUUCAUCCUCUUCAACCGCUACUUGGCCGAGCGCGCCAAGGGCCAAAAGAUGUCAGUCUCAAUCGUGACCCCAGAGCCCACUCGAUCCAAAGCAUUUUGGGAUACGUUUUGACUCCGCUCUUUCUCAUGUCAUCAGCGACUGGGACAAGAUCCAGCCCCCUUCGCCCGAGCAGGUCGUUCCCUACGCCGACCUUAAGGAGUCGUCGAGCCCCAUGCUCUUGGACAAACUCGCCGUGCUCAAGCUCAACGGUGGUCUUGGUACGACCAUGGGUUGCGUCGGGCCCAAAUCCGUCAUCGAAGUCCGAGAAGGCAUGACCUUCUUGGAUCUUUCCGUCAGGCAGAUCGAGGUGCGUAAACUCGCCACGAUUGUGGCCCCAUGGAUCCCAUUCUUGUGUGAUCCAUGCUAAAUGAGGACGCCCACACACUUCACAGCACCUCAACUCGUUACACAAGGUCAAUGUCCCAUUCAUUCUCAUGAAUUCGUUCAACACCGACGAGGACACGGCGCGCAUCAUUCAAAAGUACGCCAACCACAACAUCGAGCUCAUGACCUUCAACCAGUCGCGAUACCCCCGCGUCAACAAGGAGUCGCUGCUCCCAACGCCCCGCUCCGCGCUCGAGGACAAGGGCUCAUGGUACCCCCCAGGCCACGGUGACUUGUUCGACGCCAUCACAAACUCGGGUCUGGUCGACAAGCUGCUCGCGAGCGGCAAGGAGUACCUCUUUGUCUCCAACGUCGACAAUUUGGGUGCCGUCGUUGACAUGAAAAUUCUUGAGCACAUGCACGCGAACCAGAACGAGGUUAGUCGUCCACCGCAGAAGCCGAAUAAUCCUACGGUGAAGCUAGAAGCUGACUCUGAAGCCCUAAUUCGUUCAUCCACAGUUCAUCAUGGAAGUCACAGACAAGACAAAGGCUGAUGUCAAAGGCGGAACGCUCAUCAACUACGAGGGCAACGUGCGACUGCUCGAAAUCGCGCAGGUCCCGUCCGACCACGUCGAGGACUUCAAGUCGGUGCGCAAGUUCAAGAUCUUCAACACGAACAACUUGUGGGUCAACCUGAAGGCGAUCAAGCGCGUCAUGGACGGCGAGGGAAUGGAUCUCGAGAUUAUUGUCAACAACAAGGUCGCGGCCAACGGAGAGGCCGUGAUCCAGCUCGAGACGGCCGUCGGUGCCGCCGUCAAGCACUUUGACCGAGCGAUCGGCAUCAAUGUCCCGCGUGCUCGCUUCUUGCCCGUCAAGUCGUGCUCGGACUUGUUGCUCAUCAAGUCGGAUCUGUACGACCUCGAGCACGGCACGUUGACGCUUUCGCCGUUGCGCAUGUUCUCCACCACACCCGUGGUCAAGCUCGGCGAUCACUUCAAGAAGGUCGAUGCGUUCCUGAAGCGCUUCCCGCAGAUCCCCAACAUCCUCGAAUUGGACCACUUGACUGUCGCCGGAGAUGUUGUCUUUGGUCGCAACACGCAGCUCCGAGGAACGGUUAUCAUCGUCGCCAACGAAGGUCAAAAGAUACACUUGCCCGACGGGACCAUCUUGGAGAACAAGCUCGUCUCCGGUAAUUUGCUUUUGACCGAGCAUUAA